GGAGGGGCAAGGCCCUAUUCUUUAGGAGUGAGGGAGGAGAUGGAACCUCAAGAGCAGGGCAACCCAAUUUCAAAAGUCAGAAGCCCCAGAAGAUUUGGCAACACAUCCAGGCAAUCUGCUAGGACUAAUUUGGUAGUUGAGACUAAAAAAUCACAUGAUGUUGACCCCAAAGGAAAGACACCUCUUGGAAAUUGUGAUUCCCGAAGGCAGACACCUCAAACUAGUUCUUUGGUGAAAAUCCCCACUAAGCACCAGACUGACCUUAAUAAAUGCCUGAGUUCCGGAACUAGUUUUGCCCAGAGACGCAAAAUUCUUCCCCAGUCAUCAAUGUAUCUUACUAUUAUCAAUGAAUUUUUCAAGCCAGAGAGGCUAACAAACCUGGAAAACAAGGUAAAAAGAAGGACAAUGGAGGCACUGGGGAAGCUGAGCAAGAAUAUAGAGAAGGCUCGGCUCCAGCAGGAGCGUCUGCUGCAGGAGAGCAAGCUGCUGCAGGAGGAGAUGAUCUACCUAGAUGCUGAGAACAAUUACUUCUUGCGAUUCCUAAGAAAACACAAUGAUCAGUGUAGGAAGAAGCAUGAGGACCUGUGGAAUCAGUAUUUACAGGAAUGUGUAGAGAUGAGACAAAGGAAACAAGAGCUGGCAUCCAAGUUUGCCCAACAAAAUGCAGACCUUCAGGCACAGCUCUUGCAGGGAAAAAGCACCCAGUCCCAGCUGAAGCAGCAGGUUCAGUCAUUGGAGCAUAUCAACUCUGUAAAGAAGACACAGGAGAUGAGAAUCCAGGCGUUACAGGAGGAGCUGGAGAGCAUGAAAGCGGGGACAGCUAUAAAGGACCGCCAGGAACACUUGCAGUUCCUGCAGCGAAAGGCGCUCCUGGACAGACAGCUGCAGGAACUAAGAUGGCUGCAGAGGGGAGAGCGCAGCACCAAGGAGGUUAAGAAAAAGGUCUGGGCCUUGGAGUCGACAGCCAGGAAGGUGAAUUCCGAGUUUUGCGCUAGUGUCCACAAAGAGAAUCAGGGGUUCCAGGAGGAGUUAGUGAAGCAAGUCCAGGAGUAUUGCAAGCUAGCAUCUAUAAAGAGACAGUUAGAGAAGUGGAAAGAACAGCUAAAGAAGGAACAGUGGCUCCAAGAAGCCACUGUUAGGGGGAGAAAACAACUGAAGGCAAAGACAGACAGAAGUCAUAAUUGUGACUUUUGUUCCAAAGAACAGGGUGCCACGAGGCCACACUGAACCAUCCUUUAUGUACCAAACCAAGAAUAAAUCCAAAGUCAUUUAUCUAUUAGCCAGGGAAUAAGAAUUGGAAACAACUGGGCUCUGGCACUGUCUUGGCCUACUGGGGAAGCUGCUGAAUUGCUAGCGACACUGGAUGUGACCCAGCUUGGAAACUUGGAUACUUUUUGGGAUUCCUACAUGUUCCCAUGGAGGACCACUGGACAUGUGGUCAUUUUUCAGAAACAAGGAU